AAUCUUGUGAAUCACACAGACAAUGUACAGGAACUUAUGGGGCACGGGAAUGCAAGGUCAUCGCUGGUAUACAAAUGUGUCACUGUCCGGAUAAUUACACAGUUUUUCGAAACUUUUGUUUAAAAGUUGGGUCAGUCAUAGGGGAGACGUGUACAUUAAAUGCAGAGUGUACCGGUACACAAAAUGGCGGAAGAUGUGUCUACAGCGAGGCUACACGGACUCAAACAUGUGCCUGUGAUGAGGAUUUUCUAACAAAUGGUUCAUAUUGUUUACCAGUCAACAAAACGCUUUUUGAGACUUGUGAAGUAGAUGAUCAGUGUAAUGGAACGUUGGGUUUGGGGAUAUGCAGAACAGUUGGUGAUAGAAAGAUGUGUGUCUGUGGAUCUCAAUACAUAGAGGACAUGACUUCCUUAACAUGUCACAAAGGUAGUCGACGCCUUUUCCAAUCUUGUGAAUUCCACAGACAAUGUACAGGAACUUAUGGGGCACGGGAAUGUAAGGUCAUCGCUGGUAUACAAACGUGUCACUGUCCAGAUAAUCACACAAUCGUAAAAGACGUUUGUAUAAAAGUUGGAUCAGUCAUAGGGGAGACGUGUACAAUCAAUGAAGAAUGUACCGGUACACAAAAUGGCGGGAGAUGUGUCUACAGCGAGGCUACACGGACUCAAACAUGUGCCUGCGAUGAGGAUUUUCUAACAAAUGGUUCACAUUGUUUACCAGUCAAUAAAAAGCUUUUUGAGACUUGUGAAGUAAAUGAUCAGUGCAAUGGAACGUUGGGUUUGGAGAUAUGCAGACCAGUUGGUGAUAGAAAGGUGUGUGUCUGUGGAUCUCAAUACAUAGCUGACAUGGCUUCCUUAACAUGUCAAAAAGUUGGUAGACAGCUGCUUGAAUCCUGUCAGUAUUGUGUGCAAUGUAACGGGACUACACAUGCAACUGUGUGUGGAUUGUUUGGAAACAGAUCACUAUGCUUUUGCAAUAAAGGCAUUGUUGAAUCUAAUGGGAAAUGUACCGAAGGCGGAUGGAAUGAAGAAAUAAUAUAUCGAUUUAUAUUUGUCGGAGCAGGCGCACUUCUGUUUGGAAUGUUUUUCUGGAUUGUAAUACUUGUUCGUAAAUGUAGAAGAAACCUACUAUCCAGAGGUGGAAGUUGUAGUAUUACAUUUCCUUAA